UUGAUGUCAGUUUCGCACUAGCCAUCUUAGAGGCAAGAUCGUCGUCAUAAUGAGUUUCAUUAUUCGCUUCAUUGCGGUUUUUUGUGCUACGAUUGCCUUCGUCUGCUGUACCAGCGAACAACUCUUCAACACAGAUGGCUGUGGACCUAAUUACUACGGAGAGGUGAUCUCAAGGCCUAUUAUUAGUCGGUUGAAGGAGUUUCCGUGGCUAGCACGACUUGGAUAUCGCAAGGCUGGUCAAGAUUCAAUUGAGUAUCUAUUCCAAGGGACGCUAAUUCACCCGAGCUAUGUAGUGACAACGGUUUUCGCUGCCAGCUACAACCGGAAUACAUUAGAAUUCGUCCGCCUAGGAGAUUAUCAUACCGAAACGGAUGAGGACUGUCAGGAGAUGGACGAAAGUGAGCUAUGCGCUCCACCACCUCAGGACAUCCAAAUUCAACAGAUUAUUCGACACCCAAAGUAUAACAAACCCAGACUGGCCAACGACUUAGUUCUUCUGAAACUCCUCAGUCCAGCAAAUGUAACAUCCGAAUUUGUACGGCCCAUCUGUAUCCCCAUCAACGACAACAUCCCGCUUAACGAGUUCGCAGCUCUCUUCAUUUCCGCCUGGUGUGGUAGCGUCAAAUCGGGUAUUUCGGUGAUUCCCAAGCAAUAUCGGAUGCAGCUGAUAAGCACGUCGCGUUGUGCGGAAAAACUUGAGCCUCACAUGCACAUCGAUUUCGAUCGGUCACAGUUCUGUACCGUGAUGGAUCUGGACAAGCACCAGGUGGCCAAAAUCAAGGAUCUCAAUUUGCGAGGGAGUACUGGAGCCCCAUUGCAAAUGCUGGGUUCCGAUGGACGGUUCUACCUGGUGGGAAUUACUUCGGUUGGAGUUAGAGAUGCUCCGCUUGGGACGCCAUAUGUGUUUGUACAUGUUGCAGAGUUGGCCGAAUGGUUGCUGCAAACGGUUACGAGUGAAGAGCAGAAGCGCAAGUGGACCUAGAUCACUUUAUCGUCAUCAUCAUUAAAUGGCCUGAUGACUAUUGUGA